GUGGUUGUUCCGUUCACCAGGAGCCGCAUGUCUGGCUGGCCUGACAGAGGCAGAGAGAGCUCAGAGAAAGAGCUGUUUGUCACUAGGACAAAAAGCCCUGGAGCGCUCUACGAUCGGGAGGAAACUGCUAUGUUAAUGCCUGUGCUGACCGACAGGACAGGACAAGCAUGUUUGCAAAGGGCACCAAGCGCAAGCUAUCAGACGGCGGUGAGGAGGCGGCGGCGGCGGCAGCGGAGGAGGCGGCGGCCGGCGCCAGGACGACCGCAUCCUACAACCUGCAGCGCCAGUGCCUGCUGGACAUGUCCCUGAUCAAGCUGCAGCUGUGCCACAUGCUGGUGGAGCCCAACCUGUGCCGCUCGGUGCUCAUCGCCAACACGGUGCGGCAGAUCCAGGAGGAGAUGACGCGCGACGGCAGCUGGCAGGCCAUGACCGAGGCCUUCAGCGCCGGCCAGAGCCCGCCGGAGCGGCUGGUGGCGUCCGAGGUGCUGUGCCGGCCGUCGCCCCCGCCACGUGAGCACGGGGACGCGGGCCCGGAGCCCUUCCCGGCCUCCGGGUACGGAGGCUGCCGCCCACAGGGGGCGGCGCUGACAGCAGGGGGCGAGGAUGCGUUGUGCCCGGUCGCCGUGGAGACGGGCACCACAGACCCCUGCUGGGAAAAGGGGGAGGGCCCCGAGGCGAUCCCGGGGGACGACGGUGUCGACGAGGCAGUUUUCGGCCGAGGAGCGGGAGAGGGGCGGGAGGAUGAGGAGUCCACAGGGGGUGCGAAGGCAAUGGAGCAGGUGUACGGGACGUUUGAGAUCAAGAGCCCUGCCCCCAGCCCGGAUCCGGCUCUGGAGGAGCUGUUUUCAGAUGUGGACGCCUCUUACUAUGACCUGGACACCAUGCUGACAGGCAUGCAGGGCGCAUCCAAGAUGGGGCCCUAUGACCUGCUGGAGAACCUGUCCUCUCACGGCCCCUCCUCCAUGGCCACCAACGCCAGUUGUCGACCCGACCUCAACGAACUGGACCACAUAAUGGAGAUCAUUGUGGGCUCGUAAACGAGGAACGGAAGACUUUUUUAAACAGAGACUUAUACCUGCGUCCUUACCUUUUUCUGUCC